UCUUGUUUUACUCAUUUUUUACUUUCAUUUUCAGCCUACUCAACUAAAGUCCAAAAAAAAAUGUAGCUUUUCUCGCACAAGGUGCUGGUCGCUAGUUCUCUUAGCUCGCUUGGCUUGAGGCUACCAUCGUCCAUCACAAUAUUAUAGAACGACCGUCAAUUGUUUUGCCAUUUAUCUAAUACUGUCAGUUGAGGUAUAAACAUCAACAAGCAAGUAAGAAUAAUGUGUUGCAUCGAUGCGCUAUGGACACAUUCUAUGGUCGACAGGCCACAUCCUAGACCCAAAUAUACACAUCAAAGAUGUGAAACGUUUAACAUUAUUUUGUAAUAAUGACUCUAGACCCUUGCAUGCUCGAUGCCAAGGCUUCGUGAUGUAACCGGUGAAAGUCUGAGCAUCGCAUGUGCCUCGCCUCAGACUUGUGAGCCAAGUGAGUGGUAUAACACCUGUUAUGUGCUAAAACUUUAAAGUUACGUCUAUUUACUUCGUUUAUGUAUUGUAUCUAAGGAUGUUUCAAAUCUGCAUGGUUGUUGCCUUCGCUGCGGCUGUAACAGCAGCCCCAGUAGAGGAGCCUGUCAAGAUAGAUUUACCGGUUUACGAGCGUCCCAACGAUGAGCCAAGUUACACCCUAGCUGAGCAACCCAGCGACGAGGCAGGCUACGCUCUGGCUGAGCAACCCAACGCUAGGCCAAGCUAUACCCUCGCUGAGCCUCUCCAACUGGAGAACCAUCCCGGAGAGAAUCCUAGCAGCAACAACCUCUACGACAACCUUAUUGGAAACAAGAUUGAUGCUUUGGACAAGAAACUUAACGGUCCUUUUGCGAGAAUCAAAACCCUCGAGAGAGCAGUAGAAGAAACAGAAGGUUACGGCAGCAAGAUUCUGUCAAUCAAAGAAAACUUGGGUAACGUUGCAGCAGGAAUUUUCAAGCCAAAACCUAUAGUCGAUAUAAUCGAAGAAGAAGAUAAGUAUGGAAACACUGGUGACAAAUUCUACAACGUAGGCAGAGCUCUAGUCAACGGUUCUUCAAAAGUAUCAACAUACGUCAACACUUUAUUAGAGAUUCCGGGAAAAUUCGUCCAGCAAAUAUCUCGCAUCGCGAGCGAGAAACUCAACAAUGUAGGUGCCAAAAUAGUAGGCUUAUAA